ACUGCAUGCGCUCGUGCUGUGCACCUUGACACCGGUAGAUGCUUCACUCCCUCCAUUCAUUUCAUUCGCACACAGUCGCAUCCUAGCAGCGAGCCCUCCCCUCCUGUUUCUCUCCGCCUGGAAAGAUGGCUGCUCCGGUGGUGGUGAGAAGCUCCGGCCCGCCGCUCUGCCCGAGCUUCGCGGAGGUCUGUUCGUUCCUGGAGCGAUACGGACCGGUGCUGGAUCUGCCCGAGAUGACUUUCCCGCAGAUGGAGAGGUAUCUGCGGGACACAACGACAGUUCCUAAACCCCUUGUGGAGCUCCACGUGAAGCUGCUCAGAAAGCUGGGGAGGUCUGUGACUACUGACCGCUGGGAGAAAUACCUGGCUAAGGUUUGCCAGGAGUUGAACAGUACCUGGGCCUGGGAGCUGGAACAGAAGGGCUACCAGGAGAUGUCCAUGGAGUGCAAGUCAUGCAUCCUCAAAUAUCUCUGCGAGUGUCAAUUCGAUGACAACUUGAAGUUCAAGAUGGCGAUUAAUGAGGAGGAACCAGAGAAGAUGCGUCUGCAGCCUGUGGGUCGGGACCAGCAGGGCCUGAUGUACUGGCUACAGCUGGACCAGGAGCAGAACAUCCGGCUGUACACGGAGGAGCAGGACGAUCUGGACGGAUCCACCUGGAAGUGCAUCGUCAGGAAUCGUAACGACCUGUCUGAGGCUCUGGAGCUGCUGAAGGCCCAGGUUGAACCAAAACCGAGUCAGGACCAGAACCAGAACCCGGAUGGAUCCAGGAGCGCCAGCCCCACAGAGAAAGAUGCAGGGGAUGAGGCCAUUGGAAGCACCAAGACCACAGAGGAGCACAGUGACAGUGAGAAGGUUGACCUUGUAAAAGAAGAGGAACACCCAACACAAGUGAUAAAGCUGGAGCAGACCAAGCAGGAAAACACUGAGGCUGAGGUGAAAGAAGAGAAGACGGUCCACAAGUCAUCACCUGUCUUUGACAACCGCGUGAGCACGAUCACCACCGUCAUCAAAUCAGAAUCCAGGGACGCUGACGCUCCCAAAAAUGCUGUGUCUGUUGUCAUGGCACCUGGUGCGACUGUGACAAAGCAGGAAAUGAACAAGGAAGUGGAAGCUGAGCGGGCCGUCGUCAGGAGCAGCGAGCAGGCCAAGAUACCACUGAAGAAGAGGGAGCUUAAGAUUGCAGAGAGCUUCCACAGCAACCACCUUAACAACAGUAACAGCAGCAGUAUUAUCGUUUGUAACCCUUCAGUCGUGAACAGUCGUGGCAAAGAGGGGAAGUUGCCGAGCUCAUUAGCGCCUCCUGGUGGUCCAGCUGUCCCACAGCAGCAGCAACUUGUGGUCACUGCAUCGAGGCAAGAACUGAGCAACGGGAGAGCGCCUCUCCCUUUGCUGCACAAAGAGGGACAAAAUGGUGUCAUAGGGGUCAUAGGUCAAGUCGGCGUUAUAGGUCAUGUAGGGGUCAUCCGCAGCCCGUCCGAGCGUCACAGAGCCCCUGGUGCUGAGCAGCAGGAACAAAAUGGGCCCAGCUUAGACCAGCGGGGCUCCAGAGCUGUGGAGGAAGAGAGGGAGGUGAGCCGGCAGUCAGUGCUGGUAAGGAAGGGAGCGGUCGAAGUGGAGGAGGCGGCGGCGGCGGCGGCGGCGGCAGCAGCAGCCAGCGCUCUUCCUCCUCCUACAGUGAUGGAGACUCAAACUGCCAGAAAACGGCCGUUGUUAUCCUUAAAAUCUGAUCUACUCACUGAAGCUGUAGACAGUAAAGUGGAUUCUGUGAGCUUUUCCUCACUGUCUCAGCCCACAGAGGACUCCAAAGGACAGACUGCAGAAGACCAGAGUAAAACAAUAACGGAGGAGCCGUUAGACAGAGCGACGAAAACUGGGCACUGCAGUCGUCAACAGAAGGAUGACAACCUGGAUGACAGGGAGGAGAGGGAGGAGAGGAGGAGAGAGUCUGGGUGCCCUGUGGCAGAAGAAGGAAGUAAAGAUGACCCUGAAAAGAAUAAAAGCACUUUAGAGAAGUUGGAGGCAGAAUCUGGGAGCACUGCUUUACCUCUCAAAAACGUAGACCAGCAGGAUAAAAAGGAUUACCAGGGCGACGAGGUCAAUGGCGGGUUGGCUGCCCAGGUCAGAGUGAAGGACACUGGGCUUGGAUCAGGGGAGAAGCCGGGUCCCCUGGAGGAAGCCUCCUCUGAGCUCCAGAAAGAAGGAAUCAGGUUGAAGAUCAAGAUUCCUCCCCACCGGAGAAACAAGUUGAGGGGGAAAGCGGUAAAGGACGAGGGGAAAGAGAAGGAGGAGGAGCUGCAAGAUGAAGGGAGGCCGCUGAGGAGAUCUGCAAGGAUUUGCAGGCCGAGCUCGAAGGCCGCUGAGAGCCAGAGAAAGAAACCACAAAAAAAACAGGCUCUGUCUAACAGAAUGAGAGAAGAGGAGGAGGAGGAGGAGGAGGAGGAGGAGGAGGAGGGAGAGGAAGAAGAAGAAGAUGAAGAAGAGCAGAGCUCAACUACAAAGAAAGAUGGAAAAACAGAAGCUGUUGGGCAAAUAAGGAAACAGAGGGGUAAACGAAGGCAUCGACGCCCCCGGUGGUCCAACAUUCGUGCUAAGAGACGCAAACUGAAUGAGGGAGAGGAGGUGGAGGACACAGGGAGGAAACAAGGAGACGGGGAGAGUGAAGGAGGGAGCGACUCCGGAGAAUCCUGUAAAUCAGAAGAGCUUCCCAUGGAGGAUGCCUGCAGUCACUGUGGCCUGCCCAACCACCCCGAACUGAUCCUGCUGUGUGACUCUUGUGACAGUGGAUACCACACGGCCUGUCUGCGGCCGCCGCUCAUGUUGAUUCCAGAUGGACAAUGGUUCUGUCCACCCUGCCAACAUAAGCUGCUGUGUGAGAAACUGGAGGAGCAGCUACAGAACCUGGACAGUGCGCUGAAGAAAAGAGAGAGAGCAGAGAGGAGGAGGGAGCGGCUGGUGUACGUUGGAAUAAGUGUGGAGAACAUCAUCCCUGAGGGCGAUGAGGGCGAAGAGGAGAAAUCAACAAAGAAGAAAGAUCCCAAAAAGAGCAAAAAUCUGGGGAGGAGAUCAACAAGAACCAGGAAGCACAUCAGCUACAGGUUUGAUGACUUUGACGAUGCCAUUGAUGAGGCGAUAGAUGAGGACAUCAGGGACCUCUGUGGAGGAGCAGGGCGAGGCAGAGACAUCACUGCCAUCCUGUCAGAGGACGGGAAGGAGAGCCAGCGGCCAAUCAGGAGCCAGCCUCAAUCUGCCAGGAACAGGAAGAAGCGGAGGCUGAACGACCUGGAGAGUGACAGCACGGCAGCAGAGAGUGAAGAUGAGUUCAUGCUCAGCAACAGCUCAGAGGAUGAAGACUUUGCUGCGUCAGGGGCUGAUGAUGACGAGGAGGAAGAUGAAGACGCGGGCAGCGAUGUGGGCAGCUUGGACAUUGGGUCCCGCCCCAAACGGGCGAUGAAACGAGUACCGAAGCACCAACCCAGCAGGACCAAGCACAGGGGCAGGAAGUGGCUGAGACGGCGGCGGAGACGCUCCUCUGAGGAAGAGGAGGAAGACAGUGAUGAAGAAAUGGGCUCGGGUCAGUACAGCGACAUGUCUGACAGCGACGCUGACAAAAAAAGGCGGGGUCUGAGGCGCGGCCAGCGGCAGCAGGUCAACUACCGCGAGACGUCAGAGUCUUCCGACAACUCCCGGGCCUCCGCCAAGAAGGUCAAGGUUAAACCCCGCGGCAGACCACGCAAGGAGCAUUUCUCCAGCGACUACAGCGAUGUGUCAGCUUCUUCCAGAGACUCCGAGGACGAGAAUGAUUAUGAAGAUGAAGAGGACGAUGAUAAGAAACGAAGAGUGAACAAGAGGAGAAGAGAGGAGGAAGACCUGCGGAGAAAGAGGUCGAGAGGAAAGAGGAGGAGAUACGAGCACGACGAGGAUGAGCGUGAGCGAGGGAGGCGGCUGAAAAGGAAACUGUUGGAGAAGGAGAAGGACAAAGACAAGCGGAGGAGAGUAAAGAGGACGGAAAGAGAAGAGGAGGACCCGGAGAAGAUGGGCAGGGGGAAGAGGAGAGAGAUGCUGUCACAGCAGCGGCGCAAGCGGCUCGCUCAGAUGCUGAAAAAAAGGCGGCCUUCAACGGAGGAUGAGGACGAGUCGGACGAGUCGGAUGAGUCGGAGUCGUCGUCGGAAGAGGAUCGUCCAGUCCGCAAAAGACUCAACCGCAUCGACUCUGACGAUGAGGAGGAGGAGGAGGAGGAGGAGGAAGGGGAGGAAGGGGAGGAAGGGGAGGACAGACAGAAGGUGACGAUGAAGAAGUGUUCAGCGGUGGAGAGGAGGGCCGACAGCGACACUCAGGAAAAGGGGAGGGGCCGUAGCCUGUCUCCGUCAAACGGACAUCGGACCUCCAGAGGCCCGGCCAAGCCUGGGGCUGGAAGUCCCACUGCACCCAGGGACAGUGCAGGAUCAGACAGGCACAAUGGCCCCUUACAUCCAGAGGAGGAGGAGGACGAAGAGCAGCAAGAGGAUAAGGAGGGCCAGACAGACUCAUUAAACUCUGUCCAGAACAGUGCGCAGUCAUGAUGGCUGUGUUUGUGUGAAUAACGCUGGCUUCUUUGUUUCUGUUUUUUAACUGUCAUGCCUUUCACCCACAAACCACCUUUGGAACUGGACAUCUGUCCACCUCCGCCUCUUCUUCCCCUUCUUACUCUCCUGUGUUGCUCUUCCUCCUCGCUGUUGUGUUGUGUUAGAGUGCUCUCCACGUCACAUACUGUACUUCAAAGUCACGAGUACGCAUUUACACUCAUCGUCACCUCUGGCAGAAGGUAACGGCCGACGCAGCCGGACCAAAAGCUUCCUCGCAGCCGGACUGGCAGCACUUCAUGUUUCAGUGGACGCACUCGCACACAGCCGGAGGUUAUCCCUGAACUCUUUGAGUUACGGACGACUCUCCGGUGGCUCCGUGCGGCAGGAUGAUGGGAGAUGAGAGUUGGUCACAGGGGUAUUUGUAGUGUACCUCAUACUAAAGCACUUCAUCAUUCUCAUAGCACUUAACAAGCCACCACCAGGGAGAGUGUCAGUGUCAAACCGAACACUUUGGAUCAUGUGACCUGAUGGUUAGAACAACACGAGCAUAGUUUCUCUCUUACCUGCAGUUGUAUCUACCCGCGCAGAUCGUUUUGCUUUUAUUAUUGGUCCAGGUUUUAAGAUAUCUGAGAUUUAAGAAUACAAAGUGGUUUCCAUUGACUACGUUUAUACGCACACUAAUAUUCCACAUUUUGUACAAUGCUCCAGAUUUGAUACGGAUCUUGUAAACCACAGUGCAGGGAGCGCCUCAGUAUGAACCCUGCAUGUAAACGGGAAUAAUAGUGGAAUAUUCAGUUUCAUUAGCCGUAGUAGUUUAGUAGGAAUAAUUUCUUUUUUGAAUUAAGGGCCAAAUCCGUACAAGUUGUUACAUGUUGUUACAUGUUGUUACAUGUUCGUCAUGUUGCGUCAUGUUGCGUGUCUCGCCCGCUCUCCAUGUUUCCCGCUUCGGUCUACACUGAAAAAAGACAAGAAGUGAUCUUAAAGAAACUGUAGACAGGAAGUCUCUGGAGUUUUGUCAGUGCAGUGAGAACCACAAAGAUUCCCUUCCGUUGUGUCGGGGGUGGCAGAUAGACACUCGAAACCUCUACAAAUAUUUGGUCUUAAAACGUAGACUUCUGAGGCCGCAGCUCAUUUAAACUCGCUCGUUCUGUCCGACAGCCAAAGUGUUCGGUUUCAGACUCACUCAUUUGUUCCACAUGUUCACAACCUUGGCUCGGUGGGACCAUGUUUGCUGUACAUUUGCCUUGUACGCUGUUCCUUGUAAGAUAAUAGAUGUUCUGUUCUCUUAGUCCUCUUGUAAAAUAUAGUGUUAUAUUUUCUAUAUGAAGGAGAGGAGGAGAGAUGCUGCUGUGAGAGAUGUGUGGAUCGAUGAGGCUUCAACGGCGAGUUCUUCAGCGGCUUGCUCGUUUUGUUUGACAUUCUGCGGCCGUUGAUUUGUGUGAAAUAAGACCAGCGAGGAGCCCGUUCAACAGGAGCCCAAUACUGCUCAACGUCAGCCCCGUGUCGUACAUCUUUAAGGAUUUUUAACAAUUGAAGCGAACCCCAGGACUUUAUUAGAAAGAACAAUGCUUUAUUUGCUGGGCACCACUCAAACAUCUGGUAACUUUGUUUUCUCCAGCAGCCGUCUCAGCUUGUGUAUAACCGUCACUGUUGGGAUGUACACUUGAAAGAGUGGCAGCUAAAUCUUUGGGUUGUUCUGGUUUUACCCUGGAUGUCAUGUUGCUCCCUCUAACUUUGAAUUUCUUUUGAUUCCCACUUUAAAUGCAGAAAGACUCAAAAGUUACCGAUGAUCUUGCAACUCUUUUUUUCCUGUCGGUAAAAAGUAGAUUUUGAUCUGAAAGUGGACGAUGUCCACUCAGCUUGUACUUGUUCUAAGAGUUCCACUUCUGAACGCUCUAAAACGAGCAAUAAAACACAUUUACCAAACCGCUUACUCCUACACACAGCAACGCUUCAGUGAGCUCAUCACUCAUCACAGUCUUGAGAAAAUCACAUUUUACUUGGUGAUAUCUUUUUCUGCCAAAGAUAUGAUGGAAUUACAUUUCUUAAUAACUCCAUUUGCAAUGAACAUGUUCAAUUAACAAUGGAAUGUAUUUGCAAUAUCUAAAUAUAUAGAUGGGGAGGAAAUAAUUGGAAAUUGACUGAAAUGGAAUCAAACAGGAAACAUUCUGUACGUCUUGUACAUGGAAGUACCACACUGACAAGUUUAAACAAUGUAAAAGAAUUAUACUAAAUGUGACCAAAGAAAAUCAGAAGAUCAUAUCACAUUUAUCAACAAAUAAAUAGUGAUGUAACAUCCUGUCAAAUGCAAAUAAUAGGCUAAAACUACCCGAUUCUGAAUUUCACAUAUUGCUUCAGCUCACGUAUUAUUUAUCAUUUCGACAAUCACUAACUCGGGAGAUGUAUUUUAAGUCCCAAGAAAUGUGAUGAAUAGUUCUUCUCCUGGAGGCUGUGUGUAGGAGUGAAAGUGAACGGUUUCUGCUUUUAUCUUAAAUCCAAAAUGUUCCAUCCGUUUGAUAAACGCGGCCGGAUCAGUGUGCAGCUCCGGCUGGGAUCUGAUGAGGCAGCAGAUCCUCUUUUUGUUUAAAAACCAGCUGCUGUUCUUCUGAUGAGCGUUUAUUUUAACGAGCACUGGUUCCAAACUCGCAACCAAAGUUAAUGAUUAUAUUUUAAUUGGCUUUUAUCCAAGUUGCAAGUUUCCACUCUUAUCAUCUUAUAAAACAUUUGUUUUCAGAGAACACAAUGUAAUUAUCAUUGUAGCAUCGCUCCUUAAACCAGCAAGCAUUCAAACAGAGCAUUGUUUUCUGUCUUUAUUUUAAGAUUUAAACUAAUGACACACUACUGAACAAAGCCAGGACUCCAUUUGAAAAGCUUCUACUUUUAUACAGUGAAGAGUUGGGAGGACAAUUUUGCUGUGAUUCCCAUUUUAAGAAAUGUUUUCUGUGCAGAGAUUACGCUCACAAACAGACGGGUCAAGUGAGAGUGUUUCAUAACAUCUGUGGGAAAAUGCUUCAGCUGCUCGUCAGAGAAAGCUACAAUGAAAAAACAAAACGGAAAAAAAAGAUUUUUAAACGGUCGACAUGAAACUGAAAAUGCACAUAAAGAGAAACCGUCAGACAAGAAGGAAGUUUAUUUUUUCUACUUUCGUUCCAUUUUAAAAUCGACGUGAACUUUUUAGUGAGUCAGGCACUUUACUACUGCUGCCUGUGUGUACCGAUGUUCUCAUAGCGAGUGCUUCAUGUGCAACAACUCGUAGAGACCUCUAAUCUUAUUUGUUAGGUCGUGGUCUGAAGCUUCAGUCACGACAAAUGUUGUUCGACGGUGUCCUUUAUGAUCACUUUGAAGAACAUACUGUAAUGAUUGAAGUCUACUCCUCAGAUUAUAUUAGUGGUUUACAUUUAGCUUGGGAGACAUUAAGGAAAACAAUCUGAAAAUGAUCUGUUGCUUUAGAAACUUUUGGGACACAAAUGCAGACUUUGUGCAGAAGAACUUCUCAUCUUGCCAAAAGCAUCAUAUUAAUAUUAAAUUGUUGAAUUGAUAACUGGGAUUACUGGUACAUGCUGGCCCUGCUGUCUCACACGCCGAUAAAUGUGGGUUUGAGGAAUUGCCAAAAAAAAGAAUCCAGAUGGCUGGAGAUUAAAUUUACUUCAUUAAAUGACUAAAUGUUCUUUCAGGUACUUUCUUGUGAUUGCUCAGGUGUUGUGGGACUCCCUUGUGGGAAAACACCAAUUAGAUGGGUCUCAUUACCUGUCGCCUUCUAAUCCCGUGUUAUCCUCAAGAUCCCAUUGCAAAUACAUGUCUAGAGUUCAAACUGGCUGUAUUGAAAAAACGCAUAAUGCAGACGGGCAGCAACAUGAUCAUCUCAAUGAUUGUAUCGUAUCAUUUAUGAGCACAACUGGACAAAAACAACUUUCUAAAUGAGUAUGACAGAACCAACACUCAGUCUGUUAACCCACAAAGUGGAACAUUUUCUGACAGCAUUUGGACAUCAGGGUUAGUAAAACCCUCUACAAACUCUUCAAGGCAAAAUUACCCCCUGUUUGAGCAGUACGGGGAGAUUAAUGUGUGUUUAUGCCACCAGCCCCAAUUUCAUUCCACUGAACCUGGUGUGCAUCUGUGUUCAGCACUGUGGCAAAAUCUGUUGGUUUUAAAAUGUUCAGUCCAACUAACCUGCAUUCAAACAGGCUCCUCUGAAUGUGAAUGUGGCUCCUUCCAUUUCUCUGUUGUACUGUUACUGUAGUAUUGCUGUAACAUAAAUGUUUUCUAAGUUAUUAAAACCAACAUCCCAGGCAUCUCCUCAAA